AUGUCAGAGAUCAAGAAGGGUGCGAUAUCGAGUGAGACCCCGGUGGCUCCGACCCAAGUCCCCACCGACGACGAAUCCAUUUUAUUCGCCAUGCAACUCGCUGGAGCGGUCCAGAUGCCCAUGGUCCUCAGGGCGGCUCUCGAGCUCGACCUCCUCGAGAUCAUAGCCAAGGCUGGGCCCGGAGCAUGCCUCUCUCCCCGCGAGAUCGCAUCUCAACUCCCGACCGAGAACCCGGAUGCGCCCACGAUGCUCGAUCGGAUCCUGCGACUCCUCGCGACCAACUCCAUCGUCACGUGCACCUUACGUGAACUCCCCGACGGGCGGGCCGAGAGGCUCUACGGGAUCACUCCGGUUUGCAAGUUCUUGACCAAGAACGAGGAUGGUGUUUCGAUCGCCCCUCUGUGUCUUCUGAACCAGGAUAAAGUCCUCGUUGAAAGCUGGUACCACUUGAAGGAUGCAGUUCUUGAAGGAGGAGUUCCGUUUAACAAGGCCUAUGGAAUGACGCAUUUCGAAUACCCCCCUACUGAUCCGAGAUUCAACAAACUAUUCAACAAAGCCAUGUCCGAUGCUUCGAAUAUCAUCAUGAAGAAGGUCCUUGAGACGUACAAAGGCUUCGAGGGCCUCAAGUCGGUGGUUGACGUCGGUGGCGGAACUGGCUCCUUCCUCAACAUGGUCGUCUCCAAGUACCCGUCCAUUAAGGGCAUCAACUUUGAUUUGCCUCAUGUUAUCGCGAAUGCUCCGUCCUAUCCUGGCGUAGAGCAUGUCGGAGGAGAUAUGUUCGUUAGCGUUCCUACAGGAGAUGCAAUUUUCAUGAAGUGGAUAUGUCAUGAUUGGAGCGAUGAGCAUUGCUUGAAGUUCUUGAAGAAUUGCUACAACGCGCUCCCAGAAGGCGGGAAGGUCAUAGUGGCCGACUGCCACCUUCCCGAACUCCCAGACACGAGCCUCGCGGCCAGGGUAGCCUGUCAAACCGACAUGCUCAUGAUGGCGUACUACAUGGGCGGGAAAGAGCGGACGGAGAAGGAGUUCAAGGCGUUGGCCAAGGCCGCGAGAUUCAAGGGCUUCCGCGUCGCGUGCAUCGCCUUCGAUCACAUCAUGGAAUUCCUCAAGAGUUAA